AUGACCGUCAGGACGUUGAAGAGUAUCUGUAGAGAAGUCUUGCUGCUCAAUCUUGACAAGCUACAAAAUGUCGGGUCAGCCCACUAUCAGGACAUCGAGUUCGCACUCCGUCGAUGCUCCGCACAGCAGCUGGCCUGCAUCGAGCAACACUCACCCCAUCUGCUGAGAGAUACCCAUGCUCUCUGGCAUGCCCUCAAUCAAGCAGACUUUGGCGAUGACAGCGAAGCAUACACGCCGUUGAUCGACUAUCGCGCUCGUUAUGUCGCCGCUGAGGCCAACAUAGAACGCAAACGCCAGGUGACAUCGGAAAAGCUGAAGCGACAGACAGCGGAUCUGGAAGCACACCGCAAGGCUCACACUACAGUCAUGAUAGAGCCGCCCACUAAACGGGUCAAGACCAAGCCGCGACAUGUUCCAGGCGGUCUCAUGGCCAAGCUUCGGCGAAAGACGACGCAAUCGCAGCGACUGCGAGAAGCAACGACAAGCUCACGUCCUGCGCCUGCGCCCCCACCUCCUGUUCGCAUGCUGACCACUCCCGUUACACCAUCGGCGCCGACGCAAAAGACCAGCCAGCCCUUGACGGUCGAGCAACGAGUGCCUCCGCGCUCCGCAGCGCCCUCAAUCUUUAUCACGAGGAAAAAGCGCCUGACUUGA